AUGUCCUUUGCGUGGAAAGCCGCCGGCAUCACUUACAACCGCUACCUCGCGGUCGCCGCCCGUGCCGUGCGCCGAAGCUUGAAGGAGGAUAAGAGAAUCGCCGCCGAGCGUAGGGGCGAAGUUGACCUCAAGAUCGCGACCUGGGCGAACGGCAAGCAGAGCGAUCCCCAGGGCCUCCUCCAGGCCAAUGCCGCCUCCACGGCCGAGGCCGUCGCCGCGAAGAGCGCUUAA